AUGCAGGUGUCGUCUAGGAACUCGAUAGCAGAUGCGGUUGCAGGUGCGGUACCAGACCACGGAGGCUUCGAGAGUGUGCCGGCCAGCCCGUCAGCAGCCAGCGCUCACUCUCACGCCUCCUCCCCACCGUCCAGCGUGCACGAACACAACACCUUCCGCCACACCGCAGCGGAGAUUGGGUUCUGCUUCACCAUCGCGAUGACCCAGUUCCUCACCGAGUACCUCAUCUCCGGCUUCGCGAUCGAGCUCUCCAAAGGUCCUUCCAGCGGCGCAACACAGUCCACCUCGACCGGCAAAUUCUGGCCCGCGAGUCUGCUCUCCCUCAUCCUAAGCGCCAUGCUGCUCAUCUUCGCCCGGCUGUCCGACAUGUACGGCGGAUACAUGUGUUUCAUGUUCGGCGUCGUCUGGCUCGCGAUCUGGACGCUGAUAGCUGGCUUUUGGAUCAACUCGAUGCUCAUUCUCGAUAUCUCGCGCGCAAUGCAGGGGCUUGCUAUUGCGGCGUUCAUGCCUUCGACUUUUGCCAUGGUGGGCAGCAUUUACCCUGAAGGGCCACGCAAGAAUUUCGUUCUGGGAUUGUAUUCUGGUUGUGCGCCGUUGGGGUUCUUUGGUGGACUGCUGAUUGCUGCGGCGUUGCCUGUGGACCAGUCUGGGUGGUAUUUUUGGAUUGCGGCGGGGUUGUCGGGGAUCACAUUCGUUACGGCGUUUCUGACUGUGCCGUCUGAACGGACGGCGCGAAGGACGCCGGAUCGCAAGAUGGAUUGGAUUGGAGCGGUGCUGAUUACGACGGGCUUGAUUCUGGUGUCGUACGGCUUAGCCGUUGAGCCGUACGUGAGGCACUCGCAGCAGCCAGGCUUCCCAUCUUGGGUCGUGAUCGGCUCUCUGACGCUGGGACUGGUGUUGCUCGCGGUGGCGCUUUGGUACGAAGGCUGGUGCGCGAAGUGCCCAUUGCUGCCCUUUGACUUCUUCGCGCCGAAAAGUGUAAAGGCGUUUUGCAUGGCGUGUCUCUGCUUCUAUGCGACUUACGGUGCCUGGCUUUACAACUCGGUUCGAUUCUUCCAGGAUCCCACUGGUGUGGCGGGCGGAGGAAGUUCAUCAACCUCUGGAACGGAGCUGGCCAUCUGGUUUCUGCCGACGGCCAUUGGAGGCGUGGUCCUGUGCGUAGUCGGCGGACUACUGCUGCACAUUGUUCCGAUCAUGGUGCUUCUGCUGCUCUCCGCAUUGGCGUGGAUUGCCGCACCACUCUUGCUAGUACUGGCACCGCUGCCUCUGGAGUACUGGAAAUUCGUGAUGCCGUCGAUGAUUUGUGCUACGCUGGGCAUCGAUCUGACCUUCACCAUUUCGAUUGUCUUCAUAUCAUCUGUUCAACCGCUGGAAUACCAAGGUCUGGCGGGAGCCGUGUGCUCAAUCCUCGUCAACCUGGCCAUGUCGUUUGCCCUCUCCAUUUCGGAGAUUGUGAGUAAGAAGGCAGCGAGCGUGAUGCAAGGAUCCAGCGGUGUUUCGCCUACCACUUGGGGAUAUCGAGGUGCAUUUACCUACGCUGCUGCGUCUGCGGCAGUCGGGUUCAUCAUCUGUGCGCUGCUUGUGCGCAUCUCACGGUCUGCCGUUGACAGCAAAGCGGAGGGAGGGAGAAGGGGAUCUACGUCUUCGAUGUCAACGAUGGCAGAGAUGCGAUUGGGCAGUUGGGGUGUACAGAACGAGGCGGCGCGCUCGAGGCUACAGGGUGAGGCGGCGCGCUCGAGGCUGCAGGGUGAGGCGGCAAGAAGCAAUGUUUGA